GCAAGUUAUGGAGGUGAAUUGCUCCCGGUCAAGUAUAUGAUGGAAAUUAUUACAGAAAAGUUAAAACAGGGAGCUGAAAGCUUGAAACUACCCACCAAAGUUUCCUUACAAACUACGCUUCUUUCUCUCCAAAAACCAGUAUAUAGAUUAUAGAGGGUUUGGCAGCACAGAACACAUUUCUUUAUUUUUCAUAAAAACUUCUUUCAAUCUCUGAGUUAGAGACUUUUGUAGGUCAUAUAACCUCUCCUCCUUCCUCUUCAUCUCUGAACUUCCAUUCAUGUUCUAUCUAUAUAUUCUAUAGUUUGCCUUAUCUUCUCCAACAGUAUAUCUCUCUCUCUCUCUCUCUCUCUUUUGAUUCUUGUUAGGUUGGUUUCCUCUGUUUUCCCCUGAAUAUUGAAAGUUAGAGACUUCUAUUAGGAUUUUGUUCAGGAAUUAUAGAUUAAUAUUAGGCUUGGGUUUGUGAAAUAGGUUGAAUUUCUCCUGUUUUCUAAAUUCUCUUUUGAGUUUUUUAGAGAUUUGUUGGUUUGAUUGCUGAGAACACAGGGUUUUAGUGAGGAUUUGGAGGAAUGGAAAACGUUUCCACUACUGCAAAAGAAGAUGAACAAAUAGAAUUGCCACCGGGUUUUCGAUUUCACCCGACUGAUGAAGAGCUUAUAACUCACUACCUAUCUCCAAAGGUUCUUGACGCCAACUUCUUAGCUGUAGCAAUCGGUGAGGUUGAUUUGAACAAGUGUGAACCUUGGGAUUUGCCAUGGAGAGCUAAAAUGGGUGAGAAGGAAUGGUAUUUCUUCUGUGUUAGAGACAGAAAGUACCCAACUGGUUUGAGGACAAACAGGGCUACUGAUGCCGGGUAUUGGAAAGCCACAGGCAAAGACAAGGAGAUAUACAAAGGGAAAGCGCUGGUUGGAAUGAAGAAAACUCUUGUUUUCUACAAGGGGAGGGCUCCAAAAGGAGAAAAAUCCAAUUGGGUCAUGCACGAAUAUAGAUUAGAGGGCAAAUAUUCUGGAUACAAUCUCCCAAAAACGGCCAGGAAUGAGUGGGUUAUAUGCAGAGUUUUUAACAAAAUAUCAGCUGGAAAGAAAACCCACAUUUCAGGGUUAAUGAAGCUAAGCCCCUAUGCUAACGAAUCGCGCCCUUCACUAUUGCCUCCAUUGAUGGAUUCUUCUCCAUACAACAGUGAAAAAAGAACAGGGGCUGGUGAGACAUCUCACGUGACCUGCUUCUCCAGUCCAAUGGAGAACCAUAAGACAAAGGAACACAUGGUUGAUAACUUCAACACUGGUCUCUUAGCUGCUUCAUCUUCCUCAAAUCCUUCCUAUAUUUCCUCUGCUCCAAACUCUGCCUACCACACAAACAUGGGAAAUUUGCAAUACUCAGACACUGCUUUGAUGCAAGACCAAUUAUUCCGGAUGUUGUUUGAAAAUCAUGCUAUAAACAUGAAGCAGAAUAUGAAAGCAGAGUUCUCGCCUGAAACAGGCUUCAGUACCGAUAUCUCUUCGGUGGUAUCCAAUCAUGACAUGGCUAGGAGAUCAUUUGAGGAUCAAGACGAUCCAUCAACUUCUGGUGGACCAGUAGACAUUGAUUGUCUAUGGAAUUACUGAAUUUAAGGUUGGAAGAAAGUUAUGAAGAAAAAGAAGAGGAAAUGGUUCAGGAAAUUACUAUUUGUUGUACAAAAUUUGUGUUGUGUGUCUGUGUAUAGAUUCUCUGCAUACAAAUUAUUAUUAGGUAGUAAAGGAAGUGCAUGUAUUGUAAGAAAAUUAGACUUGUGCUUCCUUUUGGUUUUUGUAGCUUAUCAGCAUUAAACUGGUGACCUUAUAAUGGUGAAAUUUGCUUGUGUACAGAAUUCAUGACUUAAAUACUUAAUUGCAUUUA